GCUGAAAACUCCACACCAUGUCUACAGCCACAUUGUGCUUACAGUGCCGCAAGAUAUUCAGCGGCCCUCGAAUACCCGAAACACCUGACCCUGAGGAAGAACUAGAGCGAUGGACGCAUCAUCUAACAGGAGCAAGCAUGCAGCAGGCAGCAGAAGAAGGCUGUCUGAUUUGCAGGCCAGCGUGGAGCGACAUGGUUGAGAAAUUCGGAAUAGAUGAUCUUCUCACCGAACCACAGAGAACUCCAGCGUUAGGGUCAGGGACAAAGGGAACCCAGGAUGACUUCACACACUACACGCUUUGCAACGACUUCUCACAAUACAGAAAGGGCUUCGACCAGGAUCAAUUGGAAGUGGGAGGCGGCGUUGAGCUUGGCAUUGGUAGAACUCCCGUCGACACGUAUCACGAUUCGUAUGUAGUCCACCUGUUCCCACUCGAAGAUCUUCGAGUAUCAUCCUUGCCUCGCACUCAAGCAUCGCCUGAAACUAAAGAUACGAUCCUCUUGAUGCAAAAAUGGGUCGAUGAGUGUGUCGCUCUUCAUCCCGAAUGCCAGCAACCCUCAGUAUGGAAUUAUCCUACACGCAUUGUAGAUGUCGGCACAGAGCAUGAUGAGACAGUCAGACUCUCCAUCACAGCAAAAGAACGCCUUGAAGGCGCCUAUGCAACCCUCAGUCAUUGCUGGGGAGCUGCUGUACCUUUUCGACUGCUGGAGUCCAAUCUAGACGAGCUCACGACGCAUAUUGAUGUUCGCGUUCUUCCACAAACGUUUCAAGAUGCUGUCUUGACAGUUCGGGCACUAGGCAUACGCUACAUAUGGAUCGACUCUUUGUGCAUCAUUCAGGAUUCAGCCGAGGACUGGCAGGCCGAAGCGGCACAGAUGGCGCAAGUCUAUGGCAAUGCUUUCUGCUGUCUCGCUGCAACCUGGGCGUCUGAUGGCACACAAGGUCUGUAUCCAGACCGCCACCCGAGACUUGAUCAAGUCGUCACGUCAUGGGAAGACGCACCGAACUUCACGUACAUCAUUCUCCCGGAGUAUUUCACCGGGGAUGCCAUAACUCGAGCGCCUCUCAACGACCGCGCGUGGGUUUACCAAGAGCGCACUCUGUCGAAGCGAAUCAUACACUUUGCCGAGGAACAGGUCUUCUGGGAAUGUCGGCGGUCUUUUGCGUGCGAAUGUCUUCCUUCUGGGCUUCCGACAAUGUAUCAGAGCCUUCAGUAUUGGCAGAGCCGACCGUUGACUCUACUCGAUUCUAAGUCCCGGGGUCACAGCGGGGGCGACAUGAGUGCGUGGCAUUCCCUCAUCUUCUGGGAGGCCAUGAUACGCGAGUACACGGGCAAGCGACUCUCACAUCCCACCGAUCGCUUGAUUGCCAUCUCUGGGAUUGCAAGGCUCCUGAACGCAACAUUGGACGACGCGUACGUGGCUGGCAUGUGGAAAUGGCACCUUGAAGAGCAGCUUAUCUGGUAUGCCGCGUCUCCAGAGGAAGCUCGACCUAGCAACCGGGGGCCCUCAUGGUCAUGGGGCUCUCUCGAUGGUAAAAUCAUCCCGAGCAAUGUACGCAACCAAGAUGGGGAAGUAUGCCAGGUCAAGAUCAUUGCCCAUGUGCGCGAGAUUGAAGUUGAACCCGUAUCCAACGACAUCUACGGUCAAAUUCGGAAGGGCAUGCUGAUGUUGGAUGGCUGUGUCUAUCCGGUUCGUCCUGGAAGCCUGCGCAAGUCGCCAUACCAACUCCCGGGCUUGGAAUUCUCUGAAUGGCACAGCGAAGACCUCGAGUUCACGACUCCCUAUGGUGAUGUUAGGUGGGAUACGCAACAGGAUAAGCGGAGCUUCGAUGAAGGUCUGCCCUUGUACUGGCUCCCCGUAACGCUUUCCGAAUAUGGCGCCGAAAAAGGACAAUUCUAUUUCCUAGGGCUAUUGCUCAAGCGACAGCCAGGGGCAGUGACACAUGUGUACAGUCGCGUCGGCUACUUCAGUUUGACGUCGGCUGGAAUGGAAGCAUUGGAAACCUUUUUAUCGGACAGACACAGGGCUACGUGGAUGCAAAAGCUGAUCAUACAAUGACAAGCCCCUGCACUACUGUCAUCGCCCCUAUAGUAAUUCCAUGUUAUCAUUCCAGAUGUGACGCACGAGUGUGAAAGGCUGCAGCACCGAAUCACGCAGUGCGAGAUUGUCGGAAUGGACACAACGAAUGGAGCCAACCUAC